AAAAAUUUCUUUGUCACAUCGAGAACUCAUUUUUCAUGCAUUUCAUUUCAAUUUAAUUUCCCAAAUGUGGAAGAAAGAAGGAAUCAAAGAUCUGAACUUUCUCUCUCUAACCUCGCACGCACGAACGAACCAAUUCGAUUCCCGAUUCGAUUCUCGACCCACACUCACCAAUCGCUGACACUUUGAUUUCAGAGGAAUCCGAAUCUGAUCUCUUUUUCAUGGCCGAUCAAUUCAUAAUCUUUAACAGAUUCACGGUUUGUUGAGGGUUUGGUGCCUGGAUUACUCAAAUUUGGUCAUUUAUUUGUAAUGCAAUCCACUGAAACAAAGGAAAAGAAGAAUUUGAAACGUUCAAGACCAAAUCCUUGCGAGAUGCCUGCAACUGAUUCAACUGCUUCGGAUGAUAGGAUUCUGUUUCCGAUUGAAGAGAUAGUGCAAUAUCCAUUGCCCGGUUAUUAUGGGCCAACUUCGAUCACUUUUAGUCCUGAUGAUAGUUUAAUAACUUAUUUGUUUAGUCCUAACCACACUUUGAAUAGGAAGCUUUUUUCAUUUGAUCCUGAAACUGGUAAGGAAGAAUUGUUUUUCAGUCCACCAGAUGGUGGCCUCGAUGAGAGUAAUAUAUCAGCUGAAGAGAAGUUGAGGAGGGAGAGAUUGAGGGAGCGUGGGUUGGGGGUGACGCGGUAUGAAUGGGCGAAGAGAAGUUCGAGCACAAAGACAAUAAUGGUGCCUUUGCCUGCUGGGAUUUAUUUUCAGGAUCUUUCUUUACAACCGGAGCUUAAGCUUCCAAGCGCAUCGUUCUCUCCGAUUAUUGAUCCUCAUCUUUCACCAGAUGGUACUAUGCUGUCUUUUGUGAGAGAUUAUGAAUUGCAUGUGCUAAACCUCUUGUCCAAUGAGUCAAAACAGUUAACAUCUGGCGCUAAGGGAGAUGUUUUGACGCAUGGUCUUGCAGAAUAUAUAGCCCAGGAAGAGAUGGACCGGAAGAAUGGGUACUGGUGGUCAAUGGACAGCAAAUUCAUUGCAUUCACACAAGUUGAUUCAUCUGGGAUACCGCUUUUCAGAAUUAUGCACCAGGGUAAAAGUACGGUUGGUUCAGAUGCACAGGAAGACCAUGCUUAUCCCUUUCCUGGGUCUUCAAAUGUCAAAGUCCGCCUUGGGGUUGUUUCUGCUACCGGAGGCACUGUAACUUGGAUGGAUCUUCUUUGUGGAGAGCAGGACGUUGGAAACAGUGAAGAGGAAUAUUUGGCAAGAGUUAAUUGGAUGCAUGGAAAUAUUCUCACUGCUCAGGUUUUGAACCGGUCUCAUUCUAGACUGAAGAUCCUCAGGUUUGAUGUCAAAACAGGCCAAAGAGAAGAAGUUAUAUUGGUAGAAGAACAAGAUACAUGGAUCAAUCUGCAUGAUUGCUUCACUCCUUUAGACAAAGGGCUCAAUAAAUUUUCUGGGGGAUUUAUCUGGGCUAGUGAAAAAACAGGAUUUAAACAUCUGUAUUUGCACGACACUAAUGGGGCUUGCUUGGGACCUAUAACUGAAGGUGAUUGGAUGGUUGAGCAAAUUUCUGGCAUCAAUGAGGCUGCAGGACUUGUAUACUUCACUGGAACCCUAGAUGGCCCUUUGGAGUCUCACCUUUAUUGUGCUAAACUGUUCCCAGAUGGGAGCCAUUCCCUGGAAGCCCCAGUGAGAUUGACUCAGGGCAAAGGAAGGCAUUCGGUUGUGCUUGACCAUCAGGUGCAGAGAUUUGUUGAUAUUCAUGAUUCCUUGGAUUCUCCACCUAGAAUUUCACUUUGCUCAUUGCAUGAUGGAACCUUAAUUAUGCCCAUUUAUGAGCAAGAACCAUUCAGCAUUCCAAGAGUCGAAAGGCUUCAACUAAAGUGUCCCGAGAUAGUUGAGAUACAAGCAAAUGAUGGGACUACUUUAUAUGGGGCACUAUAUAAACCUGAUGCAGCAAGGUUUGGACCUCCACCGUACAAAACCAUGGUCAGUGUGUACGGCGGUCCGAGUUUACAGCUUGUCUCUGAUUCUUGGGCGCCUACAGUUGAUAUGAGAGCUCAGUAUCUCAGGAGCAAAGGCAUCUUGGUAUGGAAGCUGGAUAACAGAGGAUCUGAUCGUCGUGGAUUGAAGUUUGAAGGCUUCUGCAAACGAAGUUUUGGCCUUCUUGAUGCUGAGGAUCAGCGGACUGGAGCUGAAUGGCUCAUCAAACAAGGCUUAGCAAAAGUUGGCCAUAUUGGAGUGUACGGGUGGAGCUAUGGCGGAUAUCUUUCCGCCAUGACAUUAGCCAGGUUUCCUGAUGUCUUUAGUUGUGCUGUUUCUGGUGCUCCCGUCACAUCGUGGGACGGGUACGACACAUUUUACACUGAGAAGUAUAUGGGAUUGCCUUCUGACAACGAAGAAGGUUACAAGUUCGGUUCCGUGUUGAACCAUGUGGACAAGAUCAAAGGGAAAUUAUUACUCGUGCAUGGCAUGAUUGAUGAGAAUGUGCAUUUUAGGCACACUGCUAGGCUUGUAAACGCGUUCGUGGAAGCUGGAAAGCCUUAUGAGUUAUUGAUCUUUCCCGAUGAACGUCACAUGCCUCGCCAGCUAAAGGACCGAAAAUAUAUGGAAGAGAGGAUUUGGGAAUUCAUAGAGAGAAAUCUGUGAAUGACCGACCAUUAGCUGCUGUUGUCUAUUUAGAUCAUCUCCGUUGUUAUUUUUGUUAGGUUGAAGGAGAUUUUGGGGCUCAUAUUUCUUUGGGCCUGAGUAUUAAUUAAUUAUUCCUCUCCAUAAAGAGAGUAGUGCAAUGUUUUGCUUGUAGUUAAGCGACUGUCAUUCAUCAUAGAGGAAUUUUCCUUUGUACCAUGAAAUCUCCCCAAUGUACUGGAAAUAUUUUGUCACUGUGUUUAUGCAUUUGAUGUUAUGUCUCAA